AUGGUAUCACGCCUGCGCCCGGGCCCGGGCCACCAAAAUACUCAGAGACUCGACGAGAAGGGCAUUUCUCGCCUGAGUGCUACCGGCUCCACGGACGAGGAAGCCAACAUUCCGGCCAGCGACCACGAACUGGCAGCGAAGUUGCCUGUGCCUUCUAAACUGAGGGAAAUCAACAACCGGAUAGAAAACUUGGCCGGCUUUGAAGCCCGUGGUAUUACACGGGUACUUCCCGAAGAGCGUCAACCUCCCUCAUGGUCCAGCGAUCUCCAAGUAGCCAUCAUGUGGUACAGCGCCAAUAUCUCUCUGAAUAAUCUCGCUGCCGCCAUGCUAGGACCUUUGGCUUUUGAAUUGGGCUUUUUGGACUGUGCCAUGUGUGCUGUAUUCGGGGCCCUUGUUGGCAGUUUAACUACAGCGUAUAUGAGUAUUUGGGGUCCUCAAAGUGGAAACCGGACAAUGGUGAGUUGUCACAUCUAUGACACGACCUUUGUAGUCGUAAAAGCACUAUACCACAUCAAGAUCAAUCCUCACUUGACUUCUGUACGUGUAUUUGCUAACCCACAACGCUUUGUUCAGGUCAUUUUGCGAUUCUUUAUGGGCUAUUGGCCAUCCAAGAUUCUGUGCUUCCUCAACAUCAUUCUUAUGAUUGGUUACGCGACCAUUGACGGCAUCAUUGGAGGACAAGUUUUGUCCGCUGUUAGCGGCGGUAAGAUGACUAUCAUUGUCGGAAUUAUCGUGGUGAGCGUGGUUUGCUGGGUGGUUGCAGUUUUUGGCAUGGCUCUGUUUCACAAGUACGAACGAUACUCGUGGCUUCCCCAAACUAUUGCUCUCUUCAUUCUUAUCGGUGUUGCUGGGCCAUAUUUUGACGCUUCAGCUCCCUCCAAGAACAGCGGCGCGCUCCUCGCCGCUCAACGCCUCUCAUUCUUCAACAUCUGCCUGUAUGUGCCCAACUCGUGGGCCGGCGCGGCCUCUGACUUCUACGUCUACUACCCCGAGAAGACCUCGAAGCGCAAGAUCUUCCUUCUCACUCUCACCGGCAUCUGGACUGCCUUCACCUUUGUCUACCUCAUUGCCAUUGGUCUCGGAACCGGAGUUGCCAACAGCCCUGCCUGGGCCGAGGCCAACGGUGUCAGCUCGGGCGCUCUCAUUGUUGCUGGAUACGAACCUCUCAAGGGUUUUGGAAGGUUUUGUUCUGUUGUCGUGUCGCUGGGGGUCAUUGCCAACAGUAUUCCGAGUACCUACUCUGCAGCUCUCGGUGUCCAAGUUCUUGGUCGCUAUUUCAAGGUUGUUCCCCGAUACGUUUGGUCGACGGUUAUCAUUCUGAUUGAGUUUGUGCUGGCUGUUGCCGGUCGCGACCAGCUAUUUACCAUUUUCCAGAAUUUCUGUGCCCUGAUGGGCUACUGGGCAAUGAUUAUGUUCUUCAUCGUGCUCAUGGAGCACCUCAUGUUCCGUGGCCGCAGGGGUUUCGACUGGUCUCGAUGGGAAGACAAAGAAUACCAGCCGCUGGGCCUUGCUGCCCUGGCAAGUUUCUUGGUUGGAUGGGCUGGCGCGGUGCUUGGCAUGGCUCAAGCGUGGUAUACUGGUCCCAUUGCGAAAUUAGCCGAAGGCGGCGAUGUUGGAUUAUGGAUUGCCUGUGGCUUUACUAUUAUUUCAUUCCCGCCGCUGCGAGCUUUGGAGCUGAGGGUUUUCGGAAGAUGA